AUGGUCUCGUCUGGAAGGCUCGUUUGGGUGGUAGCCGUCCUCGUCUUCGCAGUGGCCGAUCUGACUGCAGCCGUGAGGAGCACGCGGCUGUACGAUGCCCUGGGCAUCCCGCCAGAUGCGGACGACCGCGUUAUCAAGAAGGCCUACAAAAAGCAGGCGCUCAAGUGGCACCCGGACCGCAACCCAGACAAGGUGAAGAAGGCGGAGGCCAGGUUCAGGGAGGUGGCCGAGGCCUAUGAGGUCCUGUCAGACCCCGAAAAGCGGCGGAUGUAUGACCAGCUGGGCGAGGACGCCCUGAAGGCGGGCCGGGGCGGUCCCGGGGGCCCCGGCGGCCCUGGCGGCGGCUUCCAAUUCCAGGGCGGCGACCCCUUUGAAAUGUUCAACAUGUUCUUCGGCGGCGGCGGCGGCGGCGGCCGGGGGGGCGGCGGCGGCGGCGGGUUCAAGUUCCAGUUUGGGAAUGGCGGCGGACAGCACGGCGGCUUCCCCGGCGGCAUGGGUGGCGGCGGCAUGGGCGGUGGUGGCGGGGGCGCGUCGGCAUCAUUGUAUGGCGGUGACCCUGCAGUGCAGGAGCUCGGCGCUGAAACCUUCCCUGACGGCAGCGGGGACUGGGUCUGGCUGGUGGAGUUCUACGCGCCGUGGUGCGGCCACUGCCAGCAGCUGGCCCCCAAGUGGAAGCAGGUCGCGGCCAAGCUCAAGGGCGUUGUCAAUGUGGGCGCUGUUGACUGCGACGCGCACAAGGCGCUCUGCCAGCGCCACGGCGUCAAGGGCUACCCAACCAUCAAGGCGCUCACGCCACGCGCCGGGGCGGACGGCUGGGUGGAGUACCAGGGGCAGCGGGGCGCCAAGGACAUCGCGGACUUCGCGGUCUCCCUGAUCCCGAGCUCGGUGCAUUACUUGAGCCGGAGGGCGGACCUGGACUCGUUUUUGGUGCGCUGCGGCGGUGACGGCGGCGGCAGCGGCGCGAAGCGCGGGGGCGGCGCGGAGCGCGCGGCGUGGGGGCUGUGCGUGGUGCUGCUCACGGACAAGGCGGAGGCGCCCAGCUUGCUGCGUGCGCUGUCCUCCGCGUACCGGGGGAGGGCGGCCUUUGGCGUGCUGCGCGCGCCCGGGGCACUGUCCGGCAAGCAGCAGCAGGCGGUGCAGGAGGUCGUCACAGCACUCGGGCCCGCGCUCGAGGGCAAGGCGGCGCCGGCGGUGGCGCUGGUGUGCAACGGCGACCUGCGGACGGCGGAGGCGUACGCGGGCGUUCUCAAGUCGGAGCCGCUGCAGCGGGCGCUGGGCAAAUAUGCCGGCGGCAAGGUCUGCAGCAGCAAAAUCGCCGUCGACGCCUCGACCGACCUGGGCGCGCUGUCGGUGGCGCAGCUCAAGGCGGUGGUCGCCGCGCGUGGCGUGGACUGCCGGGGCUGUUUUGAGAAGGGGGACUACGUGAGGGCCCUCAAAGCGGCGCUGGCGGCCGCGCCGCCCAAGCAGGACACUGAGCUGUGA